AUGUCGGGCAACGACGACAAGAUCGAGAACGGCUACGUCGGCGUGCAAGAACCAGAUGUGUUUAUGAAUCUCGAGCCCACCAAGCCGUUCCAAGUCAAAUCGCCGCUCUUCCGCGAGUGUCUGGCCGAAUUCCUCGGCACCAUGGUCAUGAUCAUGUUUGGUGAUGGCGUUGUGGCCCAGGUCGUGCUCAGCGAAGGCACCAAGGGCGAGUACAUCAACAUCAACUUGUGCUGGGGUCUCGGUGUGCUGUUCGGCAUCCACGUUUCGGGUGGUGUCUCUGGUGCCCACCUUAACCCGGCCGUGACCACCACGCUGGCGUGGUUCGGCCGCAUGGAGUGGAAGAAGGUCCCGUACUACGUCGUUUCACAGAUCCUUGGCGCCUUCGUAGCGGCGUUCGUUGUCUGGGUGGUGUACUUCCCGAUGUUUAACGUGAUCGACCCCCAAAAGACCUCAACUCAGGGCGUGUUCGCCACGUACCCGUACAGCAACGACGUCCCGGUCGGCACCUGUUUCCUGACUGAGGUGGUGGGCACGGCACUUCUAAUGGGCUGCAUCUUUGCUAUCGGUGACGAGCUCAACAAGCCUGCCAACCCCUACACGCAACCUGGUGCUGUGGCUCUGCUGGUGGUGGCCAUCGGUAUGGCUUUCGGCAUGAACUCUGGCUACGCCAUCAACCCUGCGCGUGACUUUGGUCCUCGUUUCUUUUCGUGGAUCGCCGGCUGGGGAUCGGACGUGUUUACUCUGCGCGACUCGUACUUCUGGGUGCCGAUUGUAGGCCCGCUGCUUGGGGGACCCAUUGGCGCUGGCAUUUACGUUGGCCUCAUCGAGCACCACCACCCGCGUGAAUACAAGCAUCCGCUUGAGAAUCAGUAA